AAGAAACCCAUAACAAUGGUACUUCAGUUGAUACAACUAUAAUGAAAGGAUGGGUUCAAAGAACCAUUUGUUUAUUUGGCAAUGCUAAUUCAGCCCUAGUGAGUGAAGGAGACACAGACGUGCCUAUGAAAAUCGAUCUUCAACUUACCCAUUUGGCAAAUAAGGAAUCUGGACCCUCUGCUGAAGGUUUUGGAGAUUAUUUUAUUAAAGAGAUUGGUAAAUAUAUCUUUUCAUUACUAGAUAAAGCCCAAUCUACAAUAAAAAUAAAUUUUAAGCCGAAAUCUUUGGACAUAAAGGAAGGAACCACUUCCCAGCCGAUCCUCUCAAUAUGGAUAAUUUUCAAGAGGCCCUUGACCCACCGACAGAUACAGAUCACCAACUAA